CAGCAGUUCAGGUUGUGGCAUUAAUCCCCUUCCUCUAGCAUUUCCUCCUGUGUUCCUUACAGUGCAUGUAUUAUUUUCUUCCUCCACCCGAUGAUGAUAGCGUCUGUUUUUUUCCGUACUCCGCUAGUAGGUCUACUUUCUCAUCAUCUCGAUCACUGCCUGUGAGCGGCUGGCCGACGCGGGUUUACCUGAUCAAGCCAAUAGGAUGAGCAGGCCUAGUCGGAGCCGGACGCGAGAAGAUACGUGGAAACGAGCGUUAAACAACACCUAGGAUUUUACAGUAGGCAUACGCUAUUGUUCCGUUUAUAGUUUUUAGACAUGGCGAUGGAUUCGCAGAUCGGGGUCGUGUUUAUGAUCAUGAUCUUCCUCCUCUUCAUCAACGCCUGGCUCAUGUUCCAGGUGUAUUUCUAGCGCGCGUAGAGAAGCGCGGUUAACCGUUUUCUAGUUCAUGCCGGAAAGAACCGCUCGACGCUCUUGCGAAGCAUCGAAUCGUUCUCAUGAAGAUAAAAACAUAAAUAGAUGACCCUAUUUUAAAUUCGGCGGUAUUAUGCCGGGGAUUAUAUAUAUGCGUCACGACGCGCCGGUCGCAUUGCGCACCCACUGACGUCAACAAAAGGCAUAUUUCAAGCCUUGAAUGGUAAGCUCAGAUUUACACAAGUCAACAAACAAGCGUCGAGCUGCUCUGCGGACAGAUCCACACACGGUGACUGAACAAGAAUAUGUGGUUUUAAAGAGGACGAUCAUCAGGGUAACGUGAUGAUGGAUGCGAUGGGAUUGCAGUGACGUCACCGUCUCCUCACUCGGCGGUCCCGGAGCUCCUUGGCGGUGGACCUUGAAGACCGAGAAAGCGACAUGUUGGUCCGUUGAGGUCACAUCGAUGUCAUUCUAAAUCGGAACCGUUUCACCGGUGAUCUCCAUCAACAUGGAUCUAACCAGGCUGGCUGUCGACGCGGGUCAGUUUGUCAACCGAGCAGUGCAGUACACGGGAGAGACUCUGGGUCAGGCGGAGCGGACCGAGUUUGACGCUAACUUAGAGGGGCUUCUAGCUCUGGCAGAGACCACCAAGGCAUGGACCGACCUGAUCAUAGCCCAGACGGAGGUCCUACUACAGCCAAACCCCGCUGACCGGUUGGAGGACCGCCUGUACGAGCGUCUGGACUGGAGCGCGCUGCCCCGGCCGCGGGCGCUGGAGCUGCUGGGAGACACCAUGACCCAGGCUGGGGUGGAGGUCGGACCCAGCACCCCCUAUGGGACUUCUCUGGUAAGGUGUGGAGAGGCUCAGAAGCACAUGGGAGAAGCGGAGAGACAGUUUGUCCAGAGCGUCCAUAUCCACUUCCUGUCCCCUCUGCGUAGUUUCUCAGAGGGCGAAUACAGAGCGUUGCAGUAUGAGCGGAGGAUGUUGGUGAACAAGCGGUUGGAUUUGGACAUCGCCAAGACCAGGCUGAGGAAGGCCCACGAGGCUGAGGCGGAGGCCCGGAACCUGAACUCAAACCCGCUGGGCGAUGACUACGUUUCCCAUGUCUCCUUCAUGUUCAGUUUCCUCCGUGUUAAAUGGCUUAAGAUGUGGGCUCAGGAAAUAUCUCAGGCAGAAAUGGAGUUGCGGAUCUGUCAGAGUUUGUUUGAUCGCCAGGCAGAGAUGACCAGACAACUUCUGGAAGGAAUCAGCACCACGCAUAUAGACCAAAUGCGUAGUCUGACUGACUUCGUGGAUGCCCAGGCUGCUUACUACGCCCAGUGCAACCAACACACCCAGGACAUGCAUAAGGAACUGGCCAGCAUCCCUGCGCUCCUCUGUUCAAACAACUGGCAGGCAGCUGCUAACUACUCAACAAACCAGCCAUCAACCAGCAACGACGUAACUAGCGAUCAGUCGGGAUUAGAGCAGGCCAACACGGUCGCCGUGGUAAUCCACCAUCUCCCGAACGCCAACCAGGACCCCACGGUGGAUAACCCUGAAGAGGCCACCUUCAGAUCAUCGGUUGCGAAGCCGCCAUCCAGACAGCCGAACAACAACAACAACAACAACAACAACAACAAUAGUUUGUUGACGCUUACCUCAUCAGUGGAAAGGCAGGCAGCGAAUGGACUGAGUGGUUUGUCUUCUGCGGCCAAAGGUUCCUCUGGAGCAGUUACGGAGCAAGAGCUGCUUGUACCAAACUCAACCGCCACCAAGACAUCCAACUCACUCUCGGAUGAUAGUUCAACUACUGCUCGAGUAUCAAACCUUUCCACCGAGAUCAGAACAGAAACCAGCAGGGACUCACAACCCCAGGAGAAUUCAGUCCUUCCUCCUACUAGCAAUGGAGGACUUGGCGUUCUCCUCUCAACGACAAAUGAGACGCCGGCUCCGAUAUUUGCGGCCAAUGAGAUUCCUAGUGACCCUGAUGUCACGACUGCCAACAACUGUCUCGCACUGAGCGAAACUGGGGCCCCACGUUUGUUACUGAAGUGCGAAAAUGCUGUCGCAACGCAUACUGGCCUUGGUGAAAUGGCGAGCCAGUCCCUGACAACCUGUGGAAUCGCCGAUGAGUCCAAAACAACUGAUCAUGGAUUCUCCACAGUGUGUUUGACGACCGACGAAAAGAUGAACAAAUAGACACUCAGCUUACAGAAAAAGACAGAGUUGUCAUUAAUAAUUGGACAUUGUGAAAACCCAUGUUUUUGAAAGAGGAGGAAAUAUCUUGGGAUAAUGGUCUCCAAACUAAACUCAGACGUGCACUUGGACUGUCGAAUCCUAACUGCCAUUUUGGUGUCACAAAGAAAAAUCAUUUUUUGUUUGAACCAAUCAGUGUUGUUAGAUAUACAAAUGCCUUUGUUGAAAGUAGCAAUUAUAUCCAUAAUAUAGAUGUUAUUUUUUGUCCAGUUUGCCAAGAUAAGCUCUUGUUAAUUUUAGGCCUAUGUGUUCUGGAGAAAUAGUAUAAUUUGAUGCUGCAUAGAAGUGUCUGUAUUUAUAAGUGUUCAUUUAACCAGAUUCUAGUGCAAGAUUAUUAUUAAUUCACCUUAACAUUUUGGUACGUCUAACAUGUUGAAACGAGUAAAUGUUGACUUUGUGUGCCCUCUAGUGGUGGUUAAUGUAAUGUACAUUGGCUGCCCAACAUUGGCGGUAUGAGUUGCUUUGUGUAAACAGAAAAUAUAUCUAACCAAAAAAACACUUUAAAUUGCCAAACAUGAGACCUUA